UUGGUUUCCUUUCCAGUUCUCAUCAUCCAGCAUGCUCCGUUAGCAGUGCAGAGGUUAAUGCCUCCGAGGCAAGAUCUCCACACAAGCGACAGUGAAGAAUGCUGUCUGAAUUCUGCUGAAGGACGGGGGGACUAUUUACUUUUAUUAUGCUGCCGUCUCCUGGCUGAUUUUGUACAAGACUGAAGGAUACUGCUGACAGAACAUAGGAGCAAAAAGGAUGAAGCCUCCAUCUAACACACCACUCCACUCUCUGGAAUGAUAAACGGAAAAGAGGCAUUUUCCCAGCAUGAAAUCCAGUGCAUACCAGUAAUUUGAACACUUCAUUAAACUAUGAUGAGAAGACAAUUUAUGGAAAACAAAAGAUGAACCCACUCGAUGCAACAAAGUCAGGAUUUUUAUUGUGCAUUGCUGUCUGCAUGUUCAUCUACACUUUCAUCUACCUAAAGGAUAUGUUUUCUGAAGAGCCAAGUGAACAAAAAAUGAAGGCAAAUAUUGCAGAGUGUGGUUUUUAUCCAGAUGAACUUUGUUCAGCUCUUUUUGCAGGGAAAGCAGCUGCCUUUAAAAUAGGAAACCUCUGUCAGAAUACCUAUCAACCUAAACCACUCAGCUGCACUCAGACCUCGUGCAACUGCUCCAUGGUUUUGAAGACUCUGCACUUUAUCACCAGGCCACUGUCAGAUGAAGAAGGAAAUUUCUCCUUGGCAUACAUUAUCACAAUUCACAAGGAGCUGGAAAUGUUUGUAAAGCUGCUAAGAGCUAUUUAUAUGCCUCAGAAUAUUUACUGCAUACAUGUCGACGAAAAGUCCCCAAAAGAUUAUAAAGCUGCUGUACAAAACCUCAUUAAUUGCUUUGAAAAUAUUUUCAUUUCCUCAAAAAGAGAAAGUGUUGUUUAUGCAGGAUUUUCAAGAUUACAAGCUGAUAUCAACUGCAUGAGAGAUCUAGUCAAUUCCAAAAUCCAGUGGAAUUAUGUCAUUAAUCUCUGUGGUCAAGAUUAUCCCAUUAAAACAAACAGAGACAUUAUACAAUACAUCAAAAGUAAAUGGAAUGGUAAGAAUAUGACUCCUGGCAUAGUCCAACCAGCUCACAUGAAACACAGGACACAGGUUAGUUACAGAGAGUCGGUACACUCUGGAAUGUCAUACGUGUAUCCAACAAAGAAUAUAAAAGCUAAGCCUCCACACAAUUUGACAAUAUAUUUUGGCAGUGCCUAUUACAUACUCACUAAAGAAUUUGUAGAGUUUACACUGACUGAUGCACGUGCAAAAGAUUUGCUGGAGUGGUCAAGAGACACAUACAGUCCAGAUGAGCACUACUGGGUCACACUGAAUCGUUUAAAUGAUGCUCCAGGGGCUACACCCAAUGCUGACUGGGAAGGAAACAUUCGAGCCAUUAAAUGGAAAGAUCAAGAAGGAACUACACAUAGAGGCUGCAAAGGUCAUUACAUCAGAGACAUUUGUGUCUAUGGACUAGGAGAUUUACAGUGGAUUAUUGAGUCACCUCAUUUGUUUGCCAACAAAUUCGAGCCCGCAACAUACCCGCUUGUUAUGGACUGUCUAGAGAGACGCCACAGGCUCAAAGUGCUGCACCAGGCAGAAAUUCCAAUUGAAGAUCACUGGCGGCUUCAGGAAGAGAACUACUUCAACUUGAAGCUGCAUGUCUGAGCUCAAGUACAUCUAAACAAGUGUUGAAAAUACUGACAGAAACCAGUAACGUUUCUAGCCAUAGACUUCACUCUGUGCAUUACAGCAUGAGGGUAAGCACAAUACUGUACCACCAAUGAAAUAAACAGUUCUUAUUCAUUACACUGAUAUAAAGAGCAGUAGCUGCAGAGGGGUUAAUUCUUAAAGAAAAUGACAUGUCUACAUCUAUAACUUACUGAGGAGAAGGGGGAAGUUCAUAAUCCUUUAAGUGAAUUAUUUAACUGGAAAAAAAUAAAUCACAUUCCUCAUGUCUGCAGCCAAAAAGGGAAACAAUGUUU